AUGGCCGAACUACUCCGCAAGCUACAACAAGAGAUCAGGCGGCACUGCACGAAGAGUCACUCCCUUGUCAUCACCGAGCAGGACCUCCCGGCAAUGGAGCACCUUAGGGCCGUCAUCAAGGAGACGAUGCGGCUGCACCCGCCGGGGCCUCUCCUUGUCCCUCGCGAGUCCAUGCAGCACACAAAGGUUCACUUUUACGAUGUCCCGCGUGGGACAAGAAUCAUUGUGAAUGCAUGGGCCGUCGGCAGGGACCCGACGGUGUGGGAUAACGCCGACGAGUUUCGACCAGAGCGGUUUGUCGACAGCGAGGUGGACUUCCGUGGGCGGCGUUCUCAGCUCAUACCAUUUGGCGCAAGGAGGAGGAUGUGCCCUGGGAUCGGGUUCACGACAUCCGUCGUGGAGCUGGCACUAGCGAACCUGGUGGGACAAUUCAACUGGACAAUUCCUACGUUGGAGAAUAAGGCGUCGGCGGUGGUGGACAUGGAGGAGGCCCCUGGGAUCACGUCACGGAAGAAGGUGCCACUGUGUGCCGUAGCGGCACGGCCGGCGUAG